UCUCAUUUUUGCAGCCGUGGCCUCCAAAUCAUCAUGCACCUGUCGAUGGAGAUUUGUUCAAGACUAUUAUUGUUCUUUCUGCUCUCUUUCUUCUUUGUCGCCGCAGCCGCCGUGCAUUCUUCUUCUUCUUCGCCAAUUUCCUUGGCGGACGUGGUAGUGAAGUCGGCGCCGGCGGAGUUUCGCAAUCACACUGCAAUCUCAGAGUUUCGCGUAGUGAACAGAAAACCUCUGAAGCAGUGCCUGGAGACAACCGCUUUCCUUAAACUCAGGUUCGACUCCAACGCUACCCUUUCCGACGACCAAUAUGUUAGGGUUCAUGUCGAUGGAGUUUUGCAUCCCUCUCAGAGCCACUGGGUUGCUCUCGUCUCACCUUCCCAUUCCAGUGUUUCGGAUUGUCCAUUGAAUGUGCUACAGUACGUACAGACUGGAGAUUUGAGCAAACUUCCUCUGCUUUGCCACUAUCCUGUUAAGGCACAAUAUGUGAGUAGUGAUCCUGCAUACCUAAGCUGCGGGAAGAAGGAAUGCCAAAUGCUCGUUAAUGGGAAGUGCGUGGUGCAGACUUGCAGCGCCACACUAACAUUUCAUGUAAUCAAUUUCAGAACAGACAUUGAGUUUGUAAUGUUUUCUGGUGGAUUUGAGGCCCCUUGCCUCCUGGCAAGAUCAGGUGCUUUGAGCUUCUCCAACCCCCAUAGCCCUUUGUAUGCCCAUCUGUCCAGCAUUGAUUCCACUGCAACCUCAAUGAGAGUAACGUGGGUUAGUGGGGAUAAAACCCCUCAACAACUUCAGUAUGCCAAUGGAAAAUCUCAGAAAUCAGUAGUAACCACCUUUACCCAAGAUCAAAUGUGCAGUGCUGUUCUAAAAAGUCCAGCCAAAGACUUUGGAUGGCAUGAUCCAGGCUAUGUUCAUUCUGCUAUCAUGACAGGACUUGAGCCUUCUACCACAUACACAUAUACAUAUGGAAGUGACUCAAGUGGUUGGAGCAACAAAAUUACCUUCAAAACACCACCUGCUGGGGGAUCAGAUGAAGUGAGAUUUCUAGCAUUUGGCGAUAUGGGCAAGACUCCUCGCGAUCGAUCUGCAGAACAUUACACCCAACCAGGAGCUUUGUCAGUGGUGAAAGCUUUGGUGCAAGAAGUAUCUUUAGGGAAAGUGGACUCCAUAUUCCACAUUGGUGACAUAAGCUACGCCACAGGGUUCUUAGUAGAAUGGGACUACUUCCUGCACCUCAUAACUCCAAUUGCUUCUCGUAUUUCUUACAUGACUGCAAUUGGGAACCACGAGAGGGAUUAUGUAGGAACAGGUUCGGUUUACAAACUGCCAGAUUCAGGCGGAGAAUGUGGAAUACCUUAUGAGACAUAUUUUCCCAUGCCAACACCGGCUAAGGAUAAGCCCUGGUAUUCUAUAGAGCAAGGCAGUGUUCACUUCACUGUCAUUUCAACGGAGCAUAGUUGGUACAAAAACUCAGAACAGUAUGAAUGGAUGAAGAGGGACAUGUCUGCAGUAGAUCGAGCAAGAACACCUUGGUUAAUUUUUACAGGGCAUCGUCCCAUGUAUUCCUCUUAUACAGGGCUGUUUAUUAAUAAUGUAGACAAGAAUUUUGUAAUUGAGGUGGAGCCACUAUUGUUAGACAACAAGGUUGAUCUUGCUUUGUGGGGGCAUGUUCAUAACUAUGAGAGGACGUGUGCUGUUUACGCCAAGCAAUGCAAAGCAAUGCCUGUAAAAGAUAGGAGAGGAAUCGACACUUACAAUAACACGGAUUAUAAGGCACCGGUUCAUGCUGUUAUCGGAAUGGGUGGCUUUCAUUUGGACCCCUCCCCUGUCACUGCUGAUAGCUGGAGUUUGAUAAGAAUAUCUGAAUAUGGAUAUGCAAGACUGCAUGCGACAAAGAAAGAAUUGAAAGUUGAGUACAUGAAUGCAAACUCAGGAAAUGUAAGAGACAGCUUUCAGAUCACCAAAGCCACAAGAAAGUAGAGUUAGAUAGGAUACCUCAGCUGAAUAUACUGUAACAAUAUGAAAAAGAGUAGAAACAUUCAUACAAAAAAUGUAUACUCCCAAAAGAAAAUAUUGUUUCUAAUGAGCUAAAUGUGCUUUCA